AACCUGGAUAUUACUCCAAACACAGCUACUCCUGUGCUGUAAGAGGAAAUCAGCAGCUUUUAUCUCCUCCAGUGUGUGAGUUGACUCCUGCCAGAGCAGUUUUUAAGACUUUGUUCCUCGCCAACUCUAAUGCUGAGGUGCUUGUUCAAUCUUUCAGGUUGGGCCAACAGAUGUAACAUUGUCCGUUACCACAACAGAAACAUCUGCGCCCUUAAAGGCUCGUCAGUGGACAUUAAUUGCAUUUACGGAACCAACUGGAACUGGAACAUCGAGACCAAAUUCUGGUUCAGAGCAGAGACAAAUCCCUCUCCACCUCGGAAUCUCCAGUUGGACAAUCACUACCAAGAUCGUGUUGAAUACCCAUCAGCACCGUACGGACAAUCAACUCUGAGAAUUAAAAACGUGACUGAGAGCGAUUCUGCUGAGUAUCGCUUCAAAUUCAUCACAAGCAAUUUUGAAUGGAAAAGUACUUUACCCGGAACUACUUUGACAAUCACAGCUGUGCAGAUGCAGGUGGUAGACGUCCAAGUGGAAGAUUCUCAUGUGUCCGCUUGGCUGUCAUGUCACACGAGCUGCAGGCCGGCAGCUGUUUUGUCUUUCUGCUUGAUGAAGAAUGGAGUUCAGUUUGAUUGCACAGAAACACAGAGGACGAAACAGCUCAGAAUGCGUUUAAAUCCUGGAGACUAUGUCACCUGUGCUGUCCAAGGAUAUCCCCUCAGCGUCUCUUCUCGCUUGUAUGCUCUGAAAGCCCCCAGGGUGCAGCUGAGUGAUCGAGGUGAGAUCCUGGAGGGUCACUCAUUGACUCUGACCUGCAGAACUGACAUUCAGACAUCAUAUCGACAACAUUGGUACAAGAAGAUAAGGCCUUCAGGUCAACAAGCUUUGGGGACCAGACCAGAACUGGUCUUCACCCCCAUUCAGUCUUCAGACUCAGCAGAGUAUUUUUGUGUUGUGGAGAAUGACCUUGGGAAGCGGACGUCGCAAUCUGUCAUGAUUGAUGUGAAAUAUGCUCCAAAGUGUUCUGUUUUGAGGCUGAGUCCACCACAGGACAUCCAGGAGGGCCAGUCAAUGGUCCUCGGCAUGUGAACAUCUCUGCGAGCCCCUCCAGUUCCGUCACCGUGGGUUCUUCGGUCAUUUUGACAUGCAGCAGUGACGCUAACCCCAACGCUGACUACAUUUGGUACAAGGACAACGAGGAGUCACCCAAAUCCACACAGGCAGUCUUCAACAU